ACUAUCUCAGUGUAAAUGUGUCAGUAACAAAGUAUUUACAUGUGUAAGCAAACGAUUAAAUCGAAUGAAACACGGUGAUCUUCUGGAAUGCAACGUUUUGGGUGGAACCGCCAGCAAUUAUAUUCGAAUCGACAUACAAGUGCCAGUUCAAUAUGCAAGCAUUCCGCGAGAUAUUCCGGACAUAUUAACCGUGGACGAAAACAAACUGGCGUCUUUGACUUGUCAAACAAACGGUAUUCCCGCAGCAGACAUCACUUGGUUUUGGGACAACUCCAUUCUUUCUACACUAGUUAAAGACGUGCAGAUUUUAGAUAAUAUAAGUCAAGGUAUUAAGGUCGAAACUGACAGGACGUUCUCUGUAACGAGCAAUUUGACAUUCAACGUAAACAGGUCCCACAACCGAAGGGUGAUUUAUUGCCGAGCUAGAAAUAUGAACUCGCAACUCAAAACCAGUAGGAGGAUUCAACUUAAUGUAAGAUUUCUGCCGACGACUGGGAUUUUGUUUAGCGGUGGCCGUGACUUUUAUAUGAUCCGAAAUUCACCAACAAUACAGACACUGGAAUGCUCUGUAAAAGGUGGUAAUCCAUAUGCAGACUUGCAUUGGUCUUGCUACCAUGGAAACCAGACAAAGUUCAACGAUUCUUCGGGUGCUAUUAGUACCGUUACGUGGAAGGCAGAAUUGCACAACGAUUCUAUUUGCACCUGUUCUGCAUCGCACGAUCUUGGAUGGACAAGUGUUGAGCAAGUCUAUAUCCAUGCAUUAUAUCCACCUACGCCUCCUUUUAUUCAAAUAAACAUGUGUAGAAACAUGAGUGUCCCAAAUGGAAGCUUCAUUAAUGUUCUACGCGGUGAUCAAGUGGAUAUCGACUGUUCUUCAAGCGGAAAUCCCCCACCGACUUAUUUCUGGUCAGAUAGUUUACAGUCAAGUAAACUUUACAUACAAAAUAUGUCGGAACAUCUCGCCUUCGAGUAUUUCUGCACUGCCAAUAAUAACAUGGAUGCUUCGUAUGACAAGAGUAUUUCAUCGUCCAUUACUUCAAGUUUUCACCUUGAUGUUUUGUAUCCACCAAAGUUAACGAGACGAACAACACCAGUUGUGGUCAUUGAAGGGAGUAACCUCAGUUUAUCCUGUGACUCAAAACCGGGAAACCCAAAUGCCACAUCAUUUAUUUGGACAAGUACAGAACAGCCUUACAGAAAUACAUCUGGUCAAUGCCUCACCAUACAGAAUAUAUCACGAACAGAAGAAGGUGUAUUUACAUGUGUUGCUGAAAAUAUUAUGCACCCGACUGGAUGUCCAGAAGUACAUGGACGCGAUAUGGAAAACGUUCAUGUGGAUGUUCAAUAUAAAGCGUCAAUUAAAACGUUCACAGUUCUAAACAACACUGUCAAUCACGGUGAUAACCUUACUUUGGCUUGUGAUGUGGAUAGUGACCCCCCUGCUAGCAUAUCCAUUGUAUCCCCUACUGGAGCCCGCCUAGAAUAUAUUGAGGGAAAUAAGUUACAUUACAGCAAGAAAAGUUCAUGCUUAGAGGACAUAGGUCAGUUUACGUGUGUAUCUGCAAACAAGCACAACCAUUUGCAACCCGAAAAAAGAAACGUCGCAGUAGAUGUCAGAUGUUCGCCUAUAUAUCCAUCUGAUUUCAAUCAAAUUACAACAAUCGAAAGUAGACUUGGGGAAACGGCAGUCCUUAGUUUCCGUGUAUUUUCGAACCCUCCACCAAUCCACUUAACAUGGGCAAAUCUUUCAAACAGUUUGCACAAUACAAUAAACACAACCUCAUCGGACAGUAAAAUAAUCAACACCCCAGAUAACAUGUCAUCUACCCUCAUUAUAACAAACUUACAACCAUGGGACGCCGGCAAUUACUUUGUCAGGGUUGAAAACGAAAUUGGAAGCAAGAACGAAACGUUUCGCAUUAUUGUAGACACCAAAUCAACAACAAUUGCCACACCCGCGAUGAUCUUAGGCGCUGUCGGUUCUUUUGGUGCUUUAACGGGAGUAGUCAUCAUUGCAGUUGUUGUGUUUGUCUUGUAUAGGAGGAUAACAAUUGUUAAAGGCAAGUAG